AUGAGACCAACGCAGCAAGUGACGAUUGUCGAUUCGGAUCCAAAUCGUUUGGUCUCGACUGAGCGUGAAUUGUUGCAACUAGCACCGCUACCUCAUGAACGUGUAGUCUACUGGGGCUCCGGCAGUCCCCAAGCAUGGCGCAUUUUGAUUGCACUAGAAGAAAAAAAAUUGCCAUAUCGCAGUGUAUGUGUCAGUUUUUCCAGUGGUGUACUCAAAACACCAUUUUUUCGUGCUUUGAAUCCACGAAUGCGUAUUCCUGUGCUCGUCGAGCCAGUCGAAAUGUCACAACCUUCCGAUGAAACGAUUCCAAAUGACACAUUAGACCCUACAAGCAAAGUAACUGAAGCUGCUGUAGGCAUGUCUCGUCUUAUGACACCGCAGUUUCGUACUAUUAUGUAUGAAUCUAGUGCAAUUCUCGAGUAUCUCGAAAAGAAAUAUCCUGAAAGACCAAGUAUGCCAUCUAUGCCAGCUCUGUAUGCAGUUGCACAAUCGAGGCUGCACGAAGCUAAUGAAAUAUUAUCUGUUGUGGGUGAUUUGGUCGUAUAUUUACGUCGAUUUCCAUCUGGAAAACGGAAUAUGGAGAUUGUAAAUGCCAAAUGGACAUCGGUGGAGAAGGAAUUAAAUCUAUGGGAAUUUUAUCUCGAUGGCCACCAAUUUCUUGUUGACUCCAACACUCCAUAUCUAUGUGAUUUCACACUCUUUACUAACAUUGCCUACGCCGUGCGAUGUGGCUUGCAGCUUGACGGACUCUAUCCACGAUUGGCAAUGUUCUAUCUGCGAUUGUGUGCACGUAAAUCGAUCGAGACGACGUGGCCGCCACACUGGCGAACAACCUAUGGCUCUAAAAAGCCAAUGAUGCCGCUUAGCAUGGUCACACCACCGUCGGUAUUACAGGCAACUCAACAGCCAUCGUAA